AUGUUUUCCAGUGCUCUGCCAGAACGACUAAAAGACGACCAUGACGCUCAGGUUGAUUUCAGCGCACCGCCGGGCGGUGUCGGAGCUCGAGAUGGGCACAUGCAGUAUAUGCAGCAAUCCAUAUUCGGCAUGAUUGCUGCGGUGGGCUCCAGGUCCGAUUUUCAUUCGCGGUUCGAGGAAUCCAGUGAGAGUGAUGGUGAGGCAGAGGACAGUCCCCGCAAACAGUCUGAGAACCUGUCUGCUACCGCCGGUGCCUUGCCAAAGAGCGAGAAUGAUCCGCGACGGCUUUCAUCCAAGCCGCAGAGCCCGACCCAGGAGCGCGGGCGACGCCAUCGAAGAACAAUAUCCGACAAUAAAUUAUUCCGCCCGUUCAAGACGGAUACCAAACAGAGCAAAGGGAAAGAGCCAGCCGUUCAAUCCGAACCUCCGACUGGCGAUGAACUGUCUCGAGCUUCCACCCCUAAACGGCCUCGCAGUGCUACUCCGAGGGCAGCUCCCGUCCUUAGUCGCAUGGUGGAAGCACAGGCUCUCCUGGACACCAAAGACUCGGCCGGAAGAUCCCAGGUGCAUACGGAAGACAAGACUGACGAAGAUUCGAAACAGUCGUCUGCGUCAGCACUGUCUUUACGGUUGAAGGAGAUGUUCGGCUUCGAGACCCCGGAAAAGGUAGUUGUCGAGUAUGCAUGCUCACUUCUGCAAAGUAUGCUUCUGCAAGGAUACAUGUAUGUCACCGAGGGGCAUAUCUGCUUCUACGCAUACCUUCCCCGGAAGUCCACCGGGGCUAUCAAGUCUGGGCACCUUCAAAAACGUGGCCGUAAGAACCCCAAAUACAACCGAUACUGGUUUUCUUUGAAGGAAGAUGUCCUUUCAUAUUAUGCGGACUCGUCAAAUCUCUACUUCCCUAGCGGCCAUGUCGAUCUCCGGUACGGAAUCUCGGCUUCUCUAGCUGAGCCAAAGGAGAAAGGGGGGGAAACCCGGGAAUUUCAGGUCUCGACUGACCAACGGACGUACUAUUUCCGAGCAGAUAGCUCUGCGAGUGCCAAGGAAUGGGUCAAGGCUUUGCAGAAGGUCAUAUUUCGCACCCACAACGAAGGCGAAAGUGUCAAGAUCUCGUUUCCAAUCGAGAGUAUCAUUGAUAUUGAGGAGAGUCCCAUGGUUGAAUUCGCCGAAACGUUCAAAAUCCGCGUGGUAGAGAGUGAGGAGACGUAUGCUAUCGACGAGUAUUACUUCACGUUUUUCAAUUCCGGGCAGGAUGCGUUCAACUUCCUCAAAGGUCUAGUUGGUGAUACUCCGAUGAAGCGCUCGCAGGCCUUAUCACCACAGCCCGAGCAGAUGGCUCGUUCUCGCCGUUUGCGAGGGUCUCAGAAUAGGUGGUCGAUCACCAGCGCGACGAGCCAAUCCCGGGGCAUUGGUAGCACGCAGCGACGCAGGAGUGCAAGCACCGGUCAUUUUAGUCUCGGGCAUGAUAACUUGGGGAUGUCUCCACCAACGAGACAGCAGGACUCCUCGGUGUCCUUCGGGAACUCCUUCGACCAGGCGACUGAGUCCUCUGCCAUUCUGCAGUCUAUGACCGAUACGGCCGAAUCAGCAAGCCAGAUAUUGAAUCGCAGCGAUGUCUUCCAGUCCCCUACGAUCCAUACAUUGCGGCGAGGCCCUUCCGGUGCAGAUAGGACGCGUCGACACUCGGAUGAGACAGCUCGAUCGGUGCACGCCCACAUAGGCCCAGGGUAUACCAAGGAUGGGCAAGAGCUUUCGGGGGCUUUGAGCGAUUCAGAUCGGGAUACUCAAAGUCCCUCUAGAAUUCAGCCCUCCGCUCCCACCCUUAAUGAGAUUGUUCGCGCCGGCUCUUAUCCGUUGCAGCGCGCGGCAGGGAUUGCAGAGUACCUGAAAACGCGGUCCAAGCAGAUGAGCAACCUUCUGGCCACCGAAUCAAUGGGCUACAUCGAAAAGGUCUCUGGUAUGUGGGCCGGCGGUCGCAAGCAUUACGGGGAGUCCGAAGAUAUUCUUCCGGAUGAUCAAGCCGUCGACCCUGAAGACAAAGAGGGUGGCUGUAAAGACGGGGACCGAUUCCGGGCGCAUUUUGCCCUCCCAUCGAGCGAGAAGCUGCAGGCUACUUACUAUGCCUAUUUACACCGGGUGAUUCCCUUGUAUGGCAAGAUAUAUAUAAGCCAGAAGAAGCUCUGUUUCCGCAGUCUUUUGCCCGGAACUCGCACAAAGAUGAUACUCCCUCUAAAGGACGUGGAGAAUGUGGACAAAGAAAAGGGUUUUCAUUUUGGCUACCACGGACUGGUCGUUGUCAUUCGAGGCCAUGAGGAGCUAUUCUUCGAAUUCCGCACAGCUGACGCCCGAGACGAUUGCGCCGUUACGCUACACCAGGGUUUGGAAUCCAUGAGGUUCUUGGUGGAGUCUGCGUUCCUUGCAGAGGAGGAUGAGAAAGACGUGUCCGAAGCGGCACGGACAGAGCAUCGUAUGCUACAGGAGGCCAGGCUGGACAUCACCGGCACGCACGGCUCCCCCUCGACGCUGACCGAAUCCACCGAACUGCAUCCUAUCUUUGACGACCCUCGCGCGUCGAUCAUCAACUUCAAGCCCACCGAGUCGCUGAGAAUUACGUGUCUCACUAUCGGUUCCCGUGGCGACGUACAGCCGUAUAUCGCUCUGUGUAAAGGUCUGCUUGCCGAAGGGCAUAAACCUAGGAUUGCAACUCACGCGGAGUUCGGGCCCUGGGUGAGGAAGCAUGGCAUUGACUUUGCCCCGGUCGAGGGUGACCCCGCUGAAUUGAUGCGCAUCUGUGUCGAGAACGGGAUGUUCACCUAUUCCUUCCUCAAGGAGGCCUCGUCAAAGUUCCGAGGCUGGAUUGAUGACUUGUUGUCCUCUGCGUGGAUAGCUUGCCAGGACAGUGACCUCCUUAUCGAAUCGCCCAGCGCGAUGGCCGGAAUCCAUAUUGCCGAGGCCCUUCGCAUCCCAUACUUCCGUGCCUUCACCAUGCCCUGGACGCGGACACGGGCCUAUCCACAUGCGUUUGCUGUGCCCGAGCACAAGAUGGGUGGUGCGUACAACUACAUCACCUAUGUCAUGUUUGACAACGUCUUCUGGAAGGCCAUUGCCGGACAGGUGAACCGCUGGAGGAAGAAAGAACUCGGCCUGAAGGCAACCGGGCUGGAUAAAAUGCAGCCGAACAAGGUUCCGUUUCUUUACAAUUACUCUCCUACGGUGGUUCCCCCACCGUUGGACUAUCCGGACUUUAUUCGCAUUACGGGGUACUGGUUUCUGAGCGAGGGUUCCAACUGGACUCCUCCGGCAGGGCUGCUCGAAUUCAUUCAGCGUGCUCGCGAUGACAAUAAGAAGAUCGUCUACAUUGGAUUCGGGUCCAUUGUGGUGUCCGAUCCUUCAGCUCUCACGCGAACGGUUGUGGAGUCCGUCCAGAAGGCCGAUGUUCGCUGCAUUCUUUCAAAGGGGUGGUCUGACCGUCUUGGAGACCCGGCGAGCGCUAAGGCAGAAAUCCCUCUGCCUCCGGAAAUUUAUCAGAUUCAGUCCGCGCCUCACGAUUGGCUCUUCUCCCAGAUUGAUGCCGCGGCGCACCAUGGUGGUGCCGGCACCACUGGAGCCAGUCUGCGUGCUGGUGUUCCUACCAUCGUGAAGCCUUUUUUUGGCGAUCAGUUCUUCUUCGGGACGCGAGUUGAAGACUUGGGCGUCGGCAUCUGUAUGAAGAAGUUGAACGUGAGUGUGUUCUCACGGGCCUUGUGGGAGGCUACCCACAGCGAGCGAAUGAUUGUGAAAGCCCGGGAACUGGGAGAGCAGAUUCGCAGCGAGGAUGGUGUCGACACGGCCAUCCAGGCAAUCUACCGGGACCUUGAGUACGCCAAAACACUGGCUCGGAAGCGCUCGAAUGCGUCCGCGACGCCCUUCUCACCCACUCCGUCAGCUACGGUUGGGGAACAUGACGCCGACGAUGACGUGGGCGACAUUGAUGACUGGACCAUUGUCGAAGACGAUACCGAAUUCAACACCAAGUUGAAUACGAUCUGA